CUCACCUUCGUGGUCUCAAGUCCUGGUCUUUCGUCCUGCUAUUUUCAAUCAAUGCAGACCCCGAUUAUGAAACAAUAAUCUUGUACUCACCAACUUUGAAGAGUUUGGGCCAUCAUUUUCAGGAGCUGCCAUUCAAACAUAUUUCCAGAGGAUUACAAAUGCUUAAUGAUGAAUUCUAGCCUGGGAGACCUAGAUGCUACUCAGAACUAUCAUGAAUAUAACAAUAUCAGUGACUCAUAUGAGUAUGAAGAAGAGAAAGGCCUCACUGUUUUAGGACAGAAUGUUUGGCUAGGCCUUAUUUUAAUUACCUGUUGUAUUGGAUUGGUGGGCAAUGGCUACAUCAUCUGGCUACUUGGCUUCCAGAUUAAGAGAAACUGUUUCACCACAUUCAUCCUUAACUUGGCCAUUGCAGACUUCGGGUUUGUCACAUGUGCAUUUAUACAUCAUAUCCAUCCCUUUACCAAUUUUCUACAAUACAACAUUUCCUACUACGUCUUUAACUAUUUCACCCGAGUGAUGCUCAUCAAUGCAAAUUUUCUUCUGGCGGCCAUCAGCAUUGACCGGUGUGUGGCUAUCCUCUUCCCAAUCUGGCAUCGCUGCUCCCGGCCAAAUCAUUUGUCUUCUGUUGUCUGUGCUAUCCUCUGGAUUUCCUGUUUCCUCCUGAGUGGAAUUAUCAGUGUUAUGGAAAUCUUUCUAAAACACCCAAUGAUCCUUCUCCAUUUCCUUCUGAUUGCUAUAAUUUGCCUUCCAUUGAUCACAUUCUCUACUGUGGUCCUUUUCAUCAAAGUGUGCCUUAAACCAAAACAGAAAAAUAAGGGUCGGCUUUUACUGAUGAUUUUAAUUACUCUUCUCUGUUUCCUCAUCCUGGCUUUUCCAUUAUGUAUCUUUGGAAUGAUUAUUAGCUUUUCAAAUACCAACUUUGACAAUCGACUAUACCAUUGGCUUCACUGUACUGCACUGUUUUCCUGCCUAAACAGCAGUAUUAACCCAGUGAUCUACUUUCUAGUUGGCAGGAAAAAAGGAGUGCAGUCCAAGGAGAGCAUGAAGGUCAUUUUGCAAAAGGUCUUCAAAGAAGGAGAAGCUACUGGAGAGAGAUAGAAGAGCUCAAACUCACUUAAAAGACCUCUGUUCUUCCUUCUGAGUAGCAAUGAAAAACUUGCACUUGAGGCUGUCAUCUUAUAGGUGGGACUGAAUCUCUUUCAACAUAUUGGCUCUUUCAUCUGAAUAGACCUAUAGAGAAUUGUAAGAGAUGUCUACAUCACACAACCAAUGCUGUGUAGGACAUGAACUGCGUGGCAUUUAUAAAAUACUCAGCAUAUUUUGCUUUCUAGCAAUAAGAUUGUUAGUAAUGCAGGGGAAGCACCAACCUCACCCCUUGCUUCCAGAUGUUACCUAAAGACAGUUAAUGCAUGAGAUGAAGCAAUAAUAAGAAAAAAUAUAUAUGAUAGAACCAGUCAGAAACCAGUUCAAAUUGAGUAAUGAAUGUUAAGACUUUAAACUGUUGCUAAAAGGGGGAAAGAACAAGAGAGAAAGUUUUGAAGCACAUUCCGGAAGGGAAAAAGAGGCCACAGGCAAAAUCUCAAAUUCCCAGGUCAGUAAGAAAGGAUGGAAAGGUGUUUAGUUAAGCAGGGAAGCAGCUACAGGUGGGUACAAAAAGAUCAUAGCAAUUCUACAAAUCUGUAGAGAAAAUCUUCUCUUUUGGGGUCCUUGGGGGUCUUUGAGCUUUAUUGUUUGCAGACAUUUAGUUCCCUGACUAGGUAACAUCAUCAGUGCUAAAAGGGAAUGAGGUUUGGUCUUUGCUUAUAUACAAUGGCUUGCAAAGUUGGGGAGAGUGUUGUUUUUCCCCUUGGUUGAUUAGACUGCUAUUUACCAUUUGAUUGUUUUUCUGAGUUUGUAGUUCCUGGAGUAGGGUGUUUUCAAAAGAUUCACUACAGAGCAUGCCAAAAAGGAAUAUUUAAAAUAUGUUUUCAAAGAGGGCCUAAAUGCUUACAGAUGCUGCAAGUCGGUAGACACACAAAAAAGAACGAAGUGAGAAAGCAGAGCCUUUUCUAUUUUGUUGUUAUUCCCUUGUUUUUGUUUCCUUUUUCCUUUUCUGCAUAAACUGCAAGCAGCAAUAUUGUUAAGACCUCAGAAUAAAGUAUUAAGCUUA